AUGGAUCCUAUUAGCAUCAUCGCGUCGGCGAUCACCAUCGGUGCAAGCGCAGCCCAACUCUCGCUUGCUCUCUCCAGCGUAGUCGGGACACUUAAAAAUGCACCUAAAGAGAUAGCGGAUAUCGCGGAUGAGAUAUCUCUACUCGCAGGAAGUCUGCAGACCCUUGGAGAGAUCCUUGGUACUCAUCAGAAUCUAUGCAAGCCGGCGUUCUUCGCAAAUACUCGCGCCAUCAUAUCGAGAUACGAAGGGGUCGCUGCGGAGAUUCGACUACUAAUUAAUCGACGACGAAGCCUCGUAAGGCUUAAGUGGUUGUCGAACAAGGUUAAAGUGAAAGGUCUUCUGAAGAAGAUCGAGGGAAUCAAGACGCUACUGGUCCUGGAGCUAAGCGUCAUCCGCCUCGCCGGGGAAGAGGCUAAUCGGCUAUCUGCUAACUUCGACUCGAACGGUCAAAGCCAUGGCCGGCCAGGAUUCAAUCGGUUCCGUAGGAUUGUGGAAAGCGCUGUUCAGGCGGGCAGGCACGUUGUAGAGAGUGCACAAGAAGAAGAUGAAAAGCUCGAGGCAGGCACGGAACCACACUCCUCGGCUGAAUUAGACCUAUGGAAGAGCGCCUCUUCUGACACUGCGCCCUGGCUUUUUCAGAUGGUGUUCAGCUCUGGCGACACGAGUCCCCCGCCCCCAUACCCACAGCGUCGUCAGCUUCAUCAAGCGUCCGUCGUUGAUGAAAGUGUCGAGACGAGCACGAGAAGUAGCCACGCAUCGUCUUCUGAGCCGGUCACAUUACCCGAAAGACGACCCUCAAGUCCAGAUGAGAAGUCUGUGAUCUUGUGGAGCAGACAGACAGAACCGGAUCUUGUAGUAAACAGACUACUCUCCUCAUGGACCACGCUUUCGCCCAAUCAAAUCAGUCUCAGCUCAACUCGUCAACAUGGUGUUGAGGGUGUAGUCGAGGAUGAUACCUGGAGGGAAGACAUCCUGAGGAAAGUGGAGGAAGCAAAGAAGGAUGAUGACGUAUCUUUGGACGAGUGGGAACAGGAGAAUGAGCCUGUCGGGUCCGACGACGAAGCAUUCCAGAGUGCUGAGGAAGACAGUACGUUCGAUGCUAAUGCACCUCCGUACAACUUCCGCCGCAACACCCAACAAGCCCGUACGAGGAGCGCAAGAACCUCUGACCGCAAUACAGAGGAUUAUUAUGCAUACGGAUCGUCGCCAAUCUACAACGAUCCCCCGUCGCCCAGGCGAAAGGCUGGUGAUCAACACGUGAAAUUUGGGAAAACAUCAACCACUCGUCCACGUCGACGUGGAUCUAAAGAAAGGAAAUCUGGCGUGAAGCUGCCACGCGCAGAGGCUGGAUCCAGACGGCCUUCAUCGAGAGUUCGCACGAUUCGAAGUAAUCAAACGGAUGUAGCUUUCAGUGCACCAAACCAUGACUGGGUCAACGUUCACGAUCCUCAGAAGGAACCCAGAUCAGGGUAUUCGAAUCCCUUCAGGCCUGGUCAUACUCAGCCCCCUGUCGAUUAUGGAUACUAUCCGGGGUUGCGGGAGACAUCACACGUGCCACUACCUUCCGAGCCGCCGAGACAAGCACAUGCAUCUAAUCCAUACCUACAACACCCUCCAGGUCAUCAGCCAGUCUUUGAAUCCCCUCCGCCGUCUCCAGCUCAAGCUCAAGCUCCACCUAUGCCUUUCAUGAUGGGGCCUCCUCCUCCACCUCCUCCACCCCCUCCACCGCCAUCGGAUGAGGCUGGAGGGGAGGGGAUUCUCGCUCGGCUGGAGAAAUUACUCGAGAAGCGCAACCCAGAACCCUCCAUCGGGUAUGAAGACCCUCCGUUCUCAAGACUGGCGAAGAUCUUACAGGAGCGCGAAGUACAAAGCGAAAGAGAACGGGCAGAUGCAACAACUGAGGUGUACAUGAAGCAAAUGCAGGACGUCCACGAGAAAGAUGAGGAGAAGAUGAAGCAGCUCGAAAGUCUCGUAGCACUUCAAAGGGCAGAACAAAAGCGCAUGGAGGUUAAGUGGGAUGAGGAAAGGAAGGCUAUGGAAGCAAGAGCAGCUGAACAAGCUCAACAAAUGAAGGAUCUGGCAGCGAAAGAGAUCUCAGUGGCACAGUUGGCUAGGGAAGCAGCCCAAGCAGCCCUCAACACCGAGAAGCUGGAAGCCGAGAAAAAAGCACGGAAAAGAGCUGACGCCAUGGUCAUAGCGGAAAGACAACGAAGCGAUGAAGUCCACAAAUUGCAAGUGGAACGCUACGAAGAGCUACUCCGUGGAAUACAAGAGCAGCAAUUGAGCUCAGAGCAAGAUAACGAUCAGACCAUAAGACGGACUCGCAUAGCGGCAGGUAAUCGCAGCGUGGAUGUAACAGAAUAUGCCACAAGCAGACGAGCUCCGCUUACGGCAUCUUCUUCCACCCCAUUCUUGGAAAAUUUCGCGCGCCUGGACAUGAGGCCGAACUAUCGCGAUCGCGCCCAAAGGAAUUCUCGUCGUGACAGCUUUCGCAGUUCCAUCAGCUCAAUGCAUGCUUCGCGUACUUCACUGGGAAGCACAGGCACAUUGGAAAGCAACUCACAGUCUCAGCAGAUGAUCGUCUUCCCUGUCAAAGCCGACCGAAGCUCUCAAAGGAUGGACAGGCUGCAAAAGUCGCUGGCUGGGUUUGGAAUUGAAUCUGUCUUUGAAGACGCUGAAGACGAACCCUUUCAAACCAGUCAACUCAUGCAAUAUAAUUACGACAACACGGAUGACCAGAUUGUUAGGAGUACCAUCUUUUGGGAGUCGUCCGCGCUUAAUCUAGGAAGCGAACUUCUGCUGACCAUGAGGCAAGCCGGAUGGAGGACACCCUACACUCGUAUAUCAGGUAAUGAUGUGUCCCAAAAGUUCGGCAAAGGUCAGACUCACUAUCUAGGGAGUCAACCGAUACAUACCUACUUCUUUGACCCUGACUACGAACCGCAGUUUUGCCCAUCUGAGACAGCAUCAGGCAAAGAAUCUAUCACUAUUCAGAAAGCCCUUGUGGAAGAGUAUGCGCUGAUCGAGCUUGGCUUCCAAUUUCAGACCAACGAUAUGGGUUUAUAUAUUCUCGACGGCAGAUUGACAUAUAACGACAUUGAGACACUGAUUGAACGAUCGUUCCUCAUGAGAGAAAACAACUAUCGGCGCCUCCACCGUCAGCUACAAUGGCAUUUUGACAAGGAUCCCGAAGUACCUUUGAGUGCCUAUCCAGCCACGUAUGCGUCAUCAGCGCACUCUGCACCUUCCGUGUACUCGGGCGAGAACUCGACUGUCUGCGACGACACAGAUGCAGAGACGCGAGGCAAGAAGAGCCCCAGUUCGGCAGGCUCCGAUGCCGAUCAGUCCGAUAUUGGCGAUGUCAGCAAAUUCCUUGUUCCUCGAUCUGAAGCAUCAAGAAGGUCAGCAGCGCCCUCUUCUGCGGCUUCACGGACUUCGAAAUCUACCAACCCGUAUCGGAAGUACAUGAAUGCGGGGGAGGAUAGUGGGGUCGAUAGUGUGUCCAGAUCGUCGCGCUCUCCAAGUCAUUUUGAUUGA